CCAGGUCGACGGAGGACGUACGCCGUGUGCCUUUUUUUCGCGCGCUAGCUUUUGGCGGUCGUGGACGCGUUUUUGUUCGCCGCGUGCUCUCAUCCAGGAUUGCUCGCGAUCGGGAUCGCUUUUAUUUUGAUUCGCGACGCAGUGGGACACCGGCCGAGAGCGGCAUUGGACGGGAUAGCUUUUCACAAUUUGCAACCGAUAAUCGAGUGCCGCAAGUCACCCAGACGGCCAGUGCUACAGUUUGUGUGUGAGGUGAAGUUGCGCAGAAAUCAAUAUCUCAGACAUGGGAAAUGAAAAUCGGUGGCCACCAUUAGCAUAAAGCACCAGUUCAAUUGUGGCAGCGGAUUGUGCUUCUUCAUUGUUGUUGGCUUUUGAACGCAUUUUGCCCACCAAUCGAGCGUGGGUGUUGUGAAUUAUUGAUGAGAUGUGCAGUAUGAAUUGAUUGAGAAUCUGUAGCCCCGGGAACCUGAAGAGGCUAAAAGUGUGAGUGUGUGUUUUCGGUGGUGUUGUGAUGUCUAUUUUCUGGCACUGUCAGAUGCAAUGUGUGUUGGUUUUCAUUCCUAGCAAGCGACGGUAAAAGUGAACAAGAUCAACGGAAUUCAGCUGCCGUCGGUAUAUUUGACGUAAGGAUAAGGUCCGUUGCUGUUGCUGCCAUGGAACCGUCUACGAGUCGUUCUUUGCCCAGUCCCCGUGGCAUGCAGGAACCGUGUAGCCCACCAGGAAUACCGCUGACAGCGAAGAGUCCCACAAUGGAAGGAGCCGCCCCAGCAGAUGCGGAGUCUGCAACGGACGCAACGGAGCGCCACACCGUUCCGAGUCCCCACGAGUCCGUUACGACCGUGACGAGUGCGGCCGGCACAAUCUGUGUGGCUGAAAGAAUACAGUCGAUGGCAAACCGGCCGGUGGCGAAGAUUCAGCGACCCAGCGGUGGUACGUUGAAGUUUUCGAUCGCAAACAUUAUGGGACAGGCUGAGGAUCGGGAGGAGGACGGGGAACGAGUAGAUGAUGAUCACGAGGAGGAUGAGGAGGAGGACGAGAUGGAGGAGGAUGUGGAUGAGGAUGAUGAGGAUGCGGUAGUGGAUGUGGCGAGUGACGAUGACACGAUCGAGCUAUCGAUGACGUCGCCCGGUAGUAGUCACCAGUACCGCAAGCGACGUCACGAGAGUCAUGAGAAGUCUAUGAGCCCGGUGUCGGCAGCUGGGUCGAGUCCCUGCUAUGAACCCCCGUCAACGAUGGGUAGCUCUGUGGCGGAAGCGUACGAUUCCGCGUUCAAGAAGUAUGUUCCCAACUCGGUCCAUCAGUUCGUGGCUAGCAAUCGUCAUCAGGAGCUGUUGAGUCAGUAUCCACUGUUGUACUAUCCGGGACAGUUGAUGUGUGCAGCGGCUCAGUACGCCGCCCUAACGCACCAGCACCAUCAGCAACAGCAUCACAAUCAUCAUCAUCAUCAUGCGGCGGCUGUUGCGGCACUCCAUCCCUACGGUGCUCCGGGACGUCUGCACAGUCCAACCCUAUCACCACCACCGACAGGCGCAGGCCUUCAGGGAGCUAGUUCCGUUGUUCAGACAGCGAGUGGUCACAGCCAUCCAGCGCUUAAUGGACGUCAUCUACACGGUGGCUCACAUGGACAUCAUCAGCUCCUGUCGGCUGCGGCAGCCGCCGCUGCUGCUGCAGCUGCUGCCGCUGCUAACCAGAGCAAACCGAGUGCAAAACGUGCGAAUCUGAAUCUCUCAGCCAGCAGUACCUGCUCGUCGGUGAGUUCUAGUGGCAGUUCGGCGGGAGGCUCUCCCGGUGGUAGUUGUCCGGAUGGUUCGCCCAACUCGUCAGCUGCUGCUGCUGCUGCAAUGGCGGCCAAGCAGAAAACGUUCGCCUGUCCCGAGUGUGGCAAGGUGUUCAAUGCGCACUACAACCUUACACGCCACAUGCCAGUUCACACGGGCGCUCGGCCGUUUAUCUGUAAAAUCUGCGGCAAGGGCUUCCGGCAGGCGUCGACGCUGUGUCGGCACAAGAUCAUCCACACCUCGGAAAAGCCACACAAGUGUCAGACGUGUGGUAAGGCUUUCAAUCGGUCCAGCACGCUUAAUACGCACACGAGGAUCCACGCGGGGUACAAGCCGUACAUCUGCGAGUACUGUGGCAAGGGGUUCCAUCAGAAGGGUAACUACAAGAACCACAAGCUGACGCACAGUGGCGAUAAGGCGUACAAGUGCACGAUCUGUAACAAGGCGUUUCACCAGAUCUACAAUCUAACCUUUCACAUGCACACGCACAACGAUAAGAAGCCGUUCACGUGUAAGAUCUGUGCCAAGGGCUUCUGUCGGAACUUUGAUCUGAAGAAGCACAUGCGGAAGCUGCACGAUGUGAGUCUUGGAGGCGGUCACAAGCGGUCGCGAAGUUGUGGUACUCCGCAGCACCAUCGAGGCUCUCCACUGGAUGUUCCGAGUCAGCAUUCCGCGUCGCGGUCUCCUGGACAUCAGCAUCCAUCCUUACCACCACCACCGCCUCCCGCCGCACUUUCAGCACCAACCUCCGCACCAGCAACACCCACUGUGUCUGGCUCGCCCACAACCCACCAUCAUCCGUCCCCGCAGCAUCUUCACCAUUCGCUUCAUCUGCACGGGACAGGCCUUCCCCACGGACCACCACAUCCCCACGGACACGUCAGUGUUGGACCCGCGACGGAACUUCAAUCCCGCUCAUCGCCCGUCCCCUCGUGGUCUAGUGCAUCGUCACUGGCGGCGCUUCAUCACACAGCCGUUGCAGCAGCUGCUAUGCGCAAUGGAGUAAGCGGAGCAGGCGUUGACUAUGGCAGUCCGUUUCUCAUGCCAACCGGACGCCAUCACCACCAUCAACGGCUAGCGGCGGCAGCGGCUGUCACCGACAGUCCCUUCAUCGGGAAGGUGUUCUGACAGAAGUACUACCAGCAUACGUCCGGCAUGAGCUUCGGUGGACUGUCACCAGUGGCGCCACAGCUCACCGCAGCAUCAGCAGCAAUCACUGUGACAGCGGUAGCUUCGGCCGUCGCACCGUAAGAGGGCGCUCUCACUCGAUCGAGCUUCGUAGUAACAGGGCGAAGUGUUCGGGUCGAGGGUUGCUUCGAUUGGCGUGAGGUUUAUCGAAGGAGAUGUAGAGAGUAGAUGAAGUGUGCAAUACAGUGGCGCAAGGGUAAAGUGGUCCACGCCAGAGUGAUUUGAAUGUAGAGAACUAGGCCCAGCGAGAACGAGAGAGAGAGAGAGAGAGAGAAGUGCAUCGGUGUUCCCAGUUAUAACGCGUCGUACGUGUACCUAAGACGUGGUGUGUUAGUGUGUAAGCCGGUGAUAGCAAUCAUCAUGCCCGCGCAUUAGGAAUUUAAGAUUCUAGAGUUUCGUGUACAUUUUUUUGUGUAUGUAUGCCGCGGUGGGAUAUUCUUGUUAGGAAGGCAGGAUCGCAGGACCGAUUGGAAAGAGGCUAGGUAACGGAAGAGGCCGGCGAAUUAAUGGAAUUAAUACGUUGAUCGAUAUUAUUAAUACAAAUCUAUACAUAUAUAAAUUGCAGAAGACUAAAUAAAUCACACGCAUCGGGAUGAUGAUGUACAAUUAUAAAAAGAAACCAAA